GUCUAAUUAGUUUUGUUUAUGGAGAUUUUUUGUUCUUCCGCUAGCUUGUAGUAAGAGCAUCUCCAACCCCACUCUAAAAUAGAGUUUAGAGUGAAAAAUGCUUCAAUAGUACAUUAUUUCUCACUCUAUUAAAAAUAGGUGUACUCCAAAUAUAGAGUAAUUUGUUUUUUUUUAUUCAUCACUCUAUUUUCUACUCUAAAAUAGAGUACCAUUGGAGCAAAUUCAAACUCUAUUAUAAAGUUAUUCUAUUUUAGAGUAAAAAAUAGAGUAAACCAUUAGAGAUGGUCUAAACUUUGCAUUCCUCUUUGAAUGAAAUUAACAAUUUGACGGAAAAUAAAAAAAAACUAUCAAAAUCUUGGCAUUCAUAAAAAUUAAAUUCAAAUGAAAAUACAGUUGCUAACAAACACUGAAUGACGGAACUAAACACAAAAAAGAAGAGUUCUGAGAACACCACGAAUAAGAUUAGUCAAAUUGAUUAUCAGAGUUUAGCAAAGUGGAAUCUACAUGGAAAAAGUUGAGUUAUCUCAAGUUUAUAUGAUUGAUCUAGGAAGCCUAGAUAUAGUGUUUCUGAUUAUUUUAUAAAACUUGAAUAAUGUAAAAAAAGUUCAAGAGACUGAAUGAAUAAUAGAGAGUGGUGAAAGAGGCAUUGGAAUAGUAAAGUGGCAGUCCAAAAUGACAGUGUAAUAAAUGGAAAGCGUGAAGAUUAAGUAAAUUAUUUGCUCUUCUUCCCAUUCGAUUUUGGAAAAAAGAUUGCCAAUCAUACAAAAAUCAAUCAAACAAACAAACAAACAAGAGGAACGACCAAUAAAUUGGCUGAAAAUUUGAAAAUAGUGAUCUAUGAGAGAAUGCUUUCGUGCAUUGUCUUUGCUAACAUCCAUUUCAUUUUCCUUUUCAAAGUUUCUCAGAAUUAAUACAUGCAAAACUUAUAAACUUCCAAUUUUAAACAAUUCAAAUAUUUAUUAUAAGUCUAUCAUAGUUAGAUAAAACUAAUUUGUUGUAAAUGUAUUUAUAUAUUUUGACACCCACCCAAUAUAUAAAUUAGAUGGUUGGUUGUGUCCAGUCCACUUUCUUCUAAUCCAAACAACCUAAUUUUCGAUUUUAGUAAGAAACAUUAUCUUUUAUACAAAUUAUAUAGUAGACAAACCUAUUAUCUUUUUGUAACUUGUAUUUCUAACAUAUGUUGCUUUCACUUAUCUCAGUUUUUUUUUGUUUUGAAAAGGACACUUAUCUCAGUUUUCUUUUCAAAAUAAUAUAGUUCUCUGAAACAUGAGCACAUAAGUAUACAUUUUUUUUUGAAAAAACACAUAAGUAUACAUUACAAGGAAAUGGGUUUAAGAAUUAAUUAAUUUAAUUUGUUGUAACAAAUAAUUUGUUACUUGGUUAAAAAUGAAACAAAUAGUAUUAAAUAGAUCUAUAGAACUACAAUUUGAUUACGGAGUGUAUGAAUGUGCACCGAAGAUUCGCACAAGAAAGCAAGCAUAAUUCAUUCACAUGCUUACUCAAUCAAAUUUAUAGUUUUUAAAUCAAAAUUCAGAACUCAUUAAACCAACAAUCUCAAUACUUGGGACUUUAAAAUUUAUAGCUUUGAUAUUAAACUGGAUAAGACUCCAAACUCCAAAUUAUAUAUGGUGUACGUCGACAUAUUGAUCUUAUUUUUGUUGAGCUGUCUUAAAUUACAAUGAUUAUAUCAUGACUCGUGUGAUGCAUUUGCCAUUUGGCCACUAAAUAUUACUUUUUUCCUGGCAACGAGUAAGCCAUUUUAUUUUUUCGUAAAAUGCUAAAAUUUUAAACAUUUUAUGUUUUCGACAGAAAUACAACCAAGAUUUGAAGCGAACUAAUCAAAUAAAAAUUAAGCAACGCCAAAUAUAAAAAGUCAGAACGACUAAACGAUCAGGGAAACGCAAAUGCAGGAAGGAAUUCAUAUGAUCUCGAAUAGCACAAAUCCAGUCUUCCAACGACACACAAACAGAGAUUAAGACGAUGCUUUGAUGCACGAAUUUUAAUCUUUCGAAUACUGUAUUUUUUUUCUUUCUGGUAAAGCACUAUUGAAUACAUGAAUGUACAUAAUUUCUUGAAUCGUUUAAUAGAAAUAUUUGGCGGACUACAACAUUCUGCUCAUCUGAGGGUAUUUCCAUCCAUACUUCAUUUUUUCCUCUAAAAUGGAGUAAAAGUGAAUAUGGAGUAAGGAAUGCUCCAACCCAACUCCAUAUCUCACUCCAUAAUGAAAUUUACUUCAUAAAUGGAGUAAACUAUUUUUUGUUUGGUCAUCACUCCAUUAUAGAGUGAGAAAUGGAGUAGGAUUGAAGCAAUUUUAUUCCAUUUUCACUUUUACUCUAUUUUAGAGGAAAAAAUGGAGUUUUACAUUGGAGAUGCUAUAAGAGUACCUUGGAUAAAUUUGGAGACGCGGCCUUGUAUAAGACCAUCUCCAAUGGCUUACUCUAUUUUUUACUAUAAAAUAGAGUAACUCUAUAAUAGAGUUUGAGUUUGAUCCAAUGGUACUCUAUUUUAGAGUAGAAAAUAGAGUGAUGAACAAAAAAAACAAAUUACUCUAUAUUUGGAGUAAACCUAUUUUUCACUCUAUUAUAAAGUGGAAAAUAUAGUACUAUUGAAGCAUUUUUUACUCUAAAUUCUAUUUUAAAGUAAAAAAUAGAGUGAGGUUAAAAAUGCUCUAACUAACAAACAUAAAAAAAUCACACAACAUUUUGAUUAUCUGAAUCUAAGUACUUCGCAAGUUUGCAGCCAAAUUUUCUAGGGGAAUCUAGGGGCCGGACUCUAUAGGAAAUGAUUAAAAGAUGGCUAUUAUGACUAAUUCAUGACUUUUAAAACUAGUUAUGGGGAAAGAAAGCACGUUGUAAUGAUGAAAUAUACUAAAGGGUAUAAACAAAUAAUUGAAAGUACAAUUAUAAUCAUUGAUAUGAAUUUUCCUGUUUUCUUUUAACUUUCGUUAUAAAGCUGCAUAACAAGUGCCAUGCAUGUGGUUGUUCUCUAAAAUGUAAAGAUUCAUCUUAUACUAUUAAAUAACAUGAACAUAUUCCAUAGACCUAUUCCAUUUAGCUACUAAGACCAUGAUUAACCCAUGUUCUUAGGAUGAAGUUCUUAGUUUUUAGCUUCGGCUAAAAACAUUUCUUACCUUUUAACUAAAAAAGCUAAAACUGUCUUUUAAAUAAAAGAUAUAAAAACCGAUUUUUAGCAAAAAAAAUAUAAAAGAACAAAAAACAAAAAGUAUCAAAUUAUGAGUUAAAAACCUCAAAUUAAGAACCCGGAUUAAUCAUGCUUUAAUAAUUUUAAAAUAGAAACUCAAAAAUUUAAAAGUAUAUUCAUUAAAUUAUCCUAUUUUUGUGUAACAAAUGGCAUAUUAUUAUUAUUUUCAUCAAUGGUUUGUAAACGAAGUCUUGAUAAAUUUUUAGGAUUUACAACAACCUCCAAAAAAACACACGUGUACUAGUUUAGUCAAAUAAUUGUAUCAGCUAAAAAUGUUGAUAACAUAGUAAUCAGUUGUUUCCUGCCCUUUUUACGUACUUAUUUUAUGUUAAUAGUAUUUUUAUAUGAUGCACCAAAUUAAGUUGCGCAUGCAUGCUUUAAGAUUUAAGUAUUUGACACCGGAGAGAACGAUUUAACUAUGUUAUACACCUUUACUCAGCUAUUCGCCAAAAGGGCCGGUUAUGGAAAAAGAGCUAGUAUUUCUUUGUUUUUGUUGGGGGUAGCCCAUCUAAUGAGAGCUUCAUCAUGAUGCAACACUAUUACGAAAUUCACACUAAAACGAGUAAAAAUUUUCCUUGGUUAAAUAAAGUUAUGUUCAUUUAGGGUCCAACUGGUGACACCAAUUGAGAAAAAAAAUUGCAGGAAAUACUAUGUUCUUCUCAGUUCCCGUCUUUUGUUACCAGUUAAAGGAAAAUUUUAUUACUUGUAGGAAUUAGAAAUUCCCCCACGUUCCUUUUCUUAUGAGGAAUAUAGUGUAAAUAUAUUCCAUGUCAAAUUAGAUAAGGAAUCGAAAGGAAAACUAUAAAAAUGGUAAAAAAUAUAUAUUAAUAUGUUAAUGUACCAAAUAAAUUUAUAGAAAACUGACAUUUUAAACCAACUUCUCAGUGUACGUAGGUUUGUCUUCUUCUAUAUAACAGUAGUUCAUCAAGCUUUUUCUUCAUAUAACCCUAAUACAUCUAGAAACAAGAGAAGAGGUAAACUAUACUUUUAAGAUUAUUUAUUUUGUGUAUAAGAAAAAACACAACGCACUGAUCAGUGUUGGUUAAUAAUAAAACUUGUUUCAUGUAUUUAUAUUAUAGCUAUCAUGUCAACUCCAAGAAAUCAAAACGGAGCACGUCGUGGACGUAAGUCAAACAAUGAGGCAAGAACCACAAUCGAUGGUGAAACCACUCGUGAAGGCCAGGUAAUUAUGUUAUAUAAUUUUUUCUGCAGUAAUGAGCUGUAUAAAUGAGAUAUUUUAAGUUAACAACUAGAAAUAUGUACUUUAGUAUCUAUGGAAAGAUAAAAAUUGUCAAGUUAUGCUUGAACUUGUCAUUGCGGAGUUAAGAGCAGGAGACUACCGUAGUAGAAUGCCCGAUGCUGCUGCUAAGAAAAGAAUUGAGAACAAAUACUUUGAGUUGGUGGGAGAAAAGAUUUGUUGGGAUCCAGAAAUAACUAACAAAAUUUGUUACCUGCGUAAACUAUGGAGUAUCAAUGGUCAACUGAUGAAACGUACUGGAGUUGCAGUUUAUCAAUCUACUGGACAAAUAGAUAUGAUGCAAACUUGGUGGGCUGAUCGGAUUGCAGUAAGUCUUUAUGCAUAUACAAUUAACUAUGUUCUUAUUAAAAAUCUAGUAACCUACAUUUUUAUGGUUAUCUAUGUAGGAAUAUGGAAAUAAAGGAAAAUUUGUUAGCGUGUUGCAAAAAAAACCGUUGCCGUUCAAAGAUUUGCUAGACCAAAUUUUUGGUGAACAUGAUGUUGAGCAAGAUGAACGUUAUUCUCCGCAUAUGCUUGGCCAACAUAUCCAGCAGAUUCAGCCUUCUUUGCCUAGCAAUGAUGACACGGUAUUUGACCAAAUGCAAGAAGAUCAAAGUGUUGAACAAAUUGCAGAUGCGACUAACGAUCAAGGAUCCCAACCGCCAACUCGAAGAACAUCAGCCCGUCGCCCUCCAAGAAGAAGAAGUAGUUUUGAAACACAGGUUGAGAGUGGAUUUCAACGUGUAAUAGAUACUCGGCAAGAUAUUUUGGAAGAACUACGGUCACGAAAAGUUCAAAAGCUAUCAUAUGGUGAUGCGACGGCUGUUCUAGAAAAACUACCAAUUGAACAACUUGGAGUGUUUUGGUGGGCAGCAAAUAAGCUGUUGAAGAAUGAAGUAGAUGUCCGUGAAGCAUUUAUAAAAAUAGAGAGUCAAGAUAUUAAGAUCAGAUAUUUGGAGAGUUUAGUUGGCAUAGAUAGAUACGGCAAUCCAUGCACUCAUGUUGAUCUGCUAAUGACAAGUCAGAACGUCUUUCAAAAUGUUGGAAUGACUGGAACUAGUUCAAUGGGAACUGAAACUGUUAGAACUGAUUUCAUGGGCUUACUUGGGAUGCACUCUUCUGAGUUAGAAGAAUCAACAAAAAAUGCAGCACGUGUAGUCCAUAUACAUGAUGAUGGAAGUGAUGCUGAAAAGCUUGUUUAAGUUUUCUGAGAUUUAUAUUUUGGUGUUUGAUAUUUAUAUGGAUUUUAUUUAUUUUUAUUUAUAAAAGCAUGAAGUUUUUCUAAGGAUUAUAUCAAUAAUAAGUUUUAUAAAUAUAUAUGCAGGAUCUUCGUAUUAUAUAUUUACUUUCUCGUGGAACUGAAAAUCUAGAAGAAGAUGAGUUAGUGGAGCUUAUGUUAUUGGAAGAAGAAGAAUUUAUGCAAAGGUGCAUGCAUCCUAUAUUAGAGUAUUACAAAAACAACUUUUGCAAGAAUCCAAUGAACAACGUGUGGGGAAAUGGUUGGAAAAUAAUACGGGAACAAAUCUACAGCAAUGAAAUCUCGUGCCGUACUCUUAUUCGUAUGAGCUCAGAAGCGUUUAUCCGUUUAUGUGAAGUCCUUGAGAAAAAGUAUGGGUUACAAGAGUCGCUUAAUAUUAAAGUCGAUGAGAGUGUUGCAAUUUUUCUUGUUCUCUGUGGUCAAAAUGACACUCAACAUGACAUCAGUUUAAGAUUCGGUCAUGCCCAGGAGACUAUAGGUAGAAAGUUUCAUCAUGUUCUGGGGGCAAUGGUAAAAUUGGCAGUUGACUACUUACGGCCAAGAACUGCUUCUGAGUUUGAAGCAAUAUCUAAUAGUUUACAAGGAGAUAAAAGAUAUUGGCCAUAUUUUAAUGGAUCUAUCGGGGCUCUUGAUGGAACACAUGUACCCGUAAUGGUGACUCCAGGUCGUGAUGCAUUACGAUUUGUGAACCGGAAAGGAACGGCAAGUCUAAAUGUUCUAGGAGUAUGUGAUCACGAUAUGCUUUUUACAUAUUGUUUCGUUGGAAUGGCAGGAUCAACACAUGACUCUAGAGUGCUAGAUACCGCUAUGCGCGAUGAUCCGUUGUAUCCUAAACCUCCUGGAGAAAAAUAUUAUCUCGUAGAUUCUGGUUAUGCAAAUAGACGUGGUUAUUUAGCUCCAUACCGAAAAGAAAGAAAAGAAGGUACUCGAUAUCAUCUUCAAGACUUUAUAAAUUGCGAGCCUCCAAGAAAUAGUAAGGAAAUGUUCAAUAGAUGGCAUGCAUCAUUACGUUCAGUUAUUGAACGUACGUUUGGUGUAUGGAAGAAAAAGUGGAGGGUUUUAAAUGAAUUCCCAAGGUACGACAUCUCCACACAGAGGAACGUUAUAUUUGCAACAAUGGGGCUUCACAACUUUAUUAGGUGGAACAAAAUUAAAGAUGUUGAUUUUGAGGAAGCGACUAUGGAGAACAGUGGUGUGCAUAUGCAUCAAAGUGAGAAUGAUUCAGAUGAUGAAAAUGAUGUACGAGGAAAUGAAGAAACAUCAACGACAGUUUAUAUGAAGAUUGUUCGAGAUCAGAUUGCUACACAACUGUGGUCAGAUAAAAGACUUGGCUCCCGUCGAGUAUAGGUCAGUAUGUGUUUUUCUCUUUAUUAUUAUAUACAAAUUCUUGGAUAUAUCUAUAUCUCUUAAAAAGCACAAUAUAUACUUUCAGUAACACAAGUUUUUGUUUUGUAGUUAUGAGCUACAUGCAUUGUGGCAAUUGAACUGGACAUGGCAACAUGAAGCGUAGACCAAAAAUCUUGCUUAUAUUAUUUAUUAUUUUUAGAGUUAAUUAUCUGAUUAUUUAUUGUUUGAAAUUUUGUUCCUUGUUUUGGUUACCAUUCACUGAUAAUUUGUUACAUUCCUUCUCUACAAUUUUUCCUUCUAAUUAAUUCCAUAUCAUUCUUUUAGAUUCUUUUCCCCAUGAUUUCUUUUAUUUUUAAAGUGAUCACCA